UGUCGUCACUUCCGGGAGGCAUUCCUAGCCUGGGAAAAAAAAGCGGGGCUGGGAGCUCUCUGUACAAACAACACGCCGAAGAGUGAUCAGCCAUGUCAUAAGACAACACUGAAAUCUGACCGAAUCUGUCAUCGGUUCAUAAAUUCAAUCUUUGUCAUUUUUUUCCCAGGACUGACCGACACGUAUAUCGACGAGGCCGUGCAUGAACUGGAAAGCACUGACGUUUAGCCGAAUAGCUCAUUCAAGACAAAAGCUUCAGCAGGACAGAUAGUAUGCUGAGUAAAGCAGCCACUAUGGAGAUCCCUAUCAACCGUAACGGAGACACGAGGACGCUGGCGGAGGAUGACAGCCUUGAACAGGUUGCUAAGCUACAGUGGAGCUUAGAUGAGAAGGUAGGCAGUUUCACAAUCACCAGGGACCUACAGCAGGUGAUGGUGUCUGGACCCAAUCUGAAUGAGACCAGUAUCGUAUCCGGAGGUUAUGGGGGUACAGCUGAGGGAAUCAUUCCUACCAGCUCCAUUAAAGGCCCUGCUGUGCGCUACAACGCUCAGUUUAACAGACGCAUCCCAGUCACAGGACAAGGUUCCAGUAUGCAGGACAGUAGAAGCAGCAGUUCCACGACUGCAGAGGAGGCCUCCAGAGGAGUGGCUGUAGAGAAACUGGACUUUAUGAAGCAAUGGGGCCUCAACACCUACAAGUGCACUAAACAGAUGAUCGCAGAGCGCUUUGGUCGUGGUUCUCGGACUGUGGAUCUAGAACUGGAGGCUCAGAUAGAAGUUCUCCGGGACACCAAGAGGAAGUAUGAGACUGUGCUGCGAUUGGCCAGAGCCCUGACCAAUCACUUGUACAGCAUGGUGCAGACGCAACACGCCCUCGGGGACACAUUCACCGACCUCAGCCUGAAAUCACCUGAACUACGGGAUGAGUUUGGGUACAACGCAGAGACCCAGAAGUUAUUAUGCAAGAACGGAGAGACACUGCUAGGAGCCAUCAACUUCUUUGUGUCCAGCAUCAAUACACUGGUUAACAAGACCAUGGAGGAUACGCUGAUGACCAUCAAGAUGUACGAGGCUGCUAGGUUGGAGUAUGAUGCAUACAGGGCAGACCUAGAGGAGUUAAGCGUUGGACCCAGGGAUGUGGUGAACAUGGCCCGUAUAGAUACAGCCCAGGAGCAGUACCAGAUCCACAAGGACAAAUAUGAACGUCUUCGCUCCGACGUCACUAUCAAACUCAACUUCCUGGAUGAAAACAAGGUAAAGGUGAUGCAUAAACAGCUGCUCCUGUUCCAUAAUGCCAUCUCAGCGUACUUUGCUGGGAACCAGCAGCAGUUGGAGCAGACCCUGAAGCAGUUCAACAUCAAGCUGAGGCCCCCAGGGGCCGACAAACCUUCCUGGCUUGAGGAACCAUGAGGGAGGGAGCCACAGGAGACAGGGCAGCCCAGGAAAGGCCCUCCUAACCUGGGAAACAGCGGACCCCCCAAAACCCUUACUAUCCACUACAGUGGACCACGGACGGACAGACAGACGGACAGGACUACGUAGAGAUGGAUGGAUGGAUGAAUGGGCCAAGGGCCUUGUAUCUAUAGAGGACUGUGUCACGAUCAGGGACUUGUCUUAUUUUCCUCUCUUUCAUGAUCUCUCCUUUUCUCUCUUUAUCCACAAAUCCUCCUGUAUAAUAUAUUAUCUCCAGUCCUCUAUGUAAGUGAUAAUGCCUGAGAAGCCGGUGUUUGGAGGAUAUAUUGGCACGGGUUAGGCCCCGAGACUGAGUCUUAUAUAUAUAUCCUCCAAACACCGGCUUCUCGGGCAUUACCACUUUUACACAACGGGUUACCAACACAUUCAAAUGAUGAUUGACAUAUUUUCAUUAAACGUUAUUUUGAUGAAUUUAUUCAUACUAUUUUGUCCUUAAACACAAUAUAUUUAUAUAGUCCAGACACAAAAUCUAUGGUUGCUACCCAAGCCAGCUGGUCGUUCCUUCUAUCGGUUCGGCUGCCAGAGACGCGACCCAGUCGUUCCUUCUAAAUGCUCCAUUGCCGUACUGGCUAGCUACUCCAUACUGGCUAGCUCGCUAGCUACUCCAUACUGUCUAGCUCGCUAGCUACUCCAUACUGGCUAGCUACUCCAUACUGGCUAGCCCGCUAGCUACUCCAUACUGGCUAGCCCGCUAGCUACUCCAUACUGGCUAGCCCGCUAGCUACUCCAUACUGGCUAGCCCGCUAGCUACUCCAUACUGGCUAGCUCGCUAGCUACUCCAUACUGGCUAGCUCGCUAGCUACUCCAUACUGGCUAGCAAGUGCAGCCAGAAUAACAACAAAGUAGCUGUUUUCUAGUUAGAUUUCUUUUGGAUACAACCAAUAACAAUGAACUAAUGAUGUGCAAUUUUGCCUGGCAGAGAAAAUGUGCUCUCUUGUCAGGACACUGUUCAGACAAAAGAAAUACAAUCCAUGACAUCAAUUUGAACUGAUGUUAAUAAAUGAAAUCCACCACA